AUGCCAUUAGAAAUCUAUUGCUAUUCAUAUAUUAUUGGUAUGAUGGCAGAGCGAUAUAUUCAAUUCUGUCGGCAUGGUUUCGCUAAUUACUUUAGUUUCUGGUGGCGUUGGUUUGAUUUUAUGCUUAUCGGUAUAUUUUGCCUCGCGCUACAUUUAUGGAUUACGGGUGUUCUCAUGCCUAUGGAAGAUGAUCUACAAGAACUCAAUAGAAUUCAUUGGCCAGCCUGGGAUUAUUUUCUCAUUUAUGAUAUAUACGUCUGUACAGGCUGCAUCCUAGGUAUCUGGAAGAUAUUCUACUUCUUCCAAUUGAUAAAGGGAAUCGGAGGAAGUGUGAUAUCAGUUGGUCGUUGCGUUUCGACCAUAUACAACUACUUGAUAGUAAUGGCUGUCAUUAUGGUUUCCUUCGCGGUUGGCAUCAAUCUACUCGUGCAGCCUUAUCUAAAUAGUGUAGUCGAGAAUGAAGGCGGUACAACGACUAGAAUGGGAAUACAAUUUAGAAGUAUCUUCUUUACUGUGCGAAACUUGUACUGGGCAGUUUACGGAUAUCUUGAUCCCAACACUUAUACUAUUAUAAAUGGAAAUUCGGGUCCAGAAUUCACGCCUGUUGUUCACUACAUUACGUCAUUUGCUACCGAGGUAUUUGAUCUUCCUGUCUUUUUGCUCAAAUCACAUUCAAUGGACAUAGAAAACCUCAACUAUGAUCAGCAAAUUACGAUAUGA